UAAUAUUUCUAUCGUAAGUAGGUCAACUAUUAAAUUAAAUACGAAAUGGAUAUUUCAGCUUUAAAGAAACAACGUGGUACAUGUAAACAGAAAUUAACAAAUUUUAAAAAGUUUUUAGAUCCUCUCGAUGAGUGUAAAUCAUUAUCUAGACUUCAAGCAAGUGAACUUAGUGUUCGUUUGUCAAGAUUCGAAGAACUUUAUACCGAAUUUGAUAAUAUUCAAACUAAUAUAGAACAAUUAUGUGAUUCUUCAGACGAUGAACGCGAGGAGUUCGAGAGCAAGUAUUUUAGCACUUUCGCGGUUGCCAAGGAGGCGCUGGCGCGGAGCGGCGACAGCGCCCCAAGGGACGUCGACUUAUCGGUCUCAGGUUCUAGUUCUGUGCACGGAGGUCAAGGAAACUACUGCUGUGCACACUCUUUCCCGAUAUAUGAGAACACAGCAACUGAAAACCCAUUUCUGGAAUAGAUUUCAUAAAGAAUACAUUACAGAACUUCAAAAACGACAGAAAUGGCGCAAAGAUGGAGGACAGCUCAAACUGGGAGAAAUGGUCGUAGUAAAAGAUGAGCGACUGCAUCCCAACCAGUGGCUUCUGGGACGAGUGACUCGCCUCCACCCCGGCUCCGACGGCGUGACCCGCGUGGCUGACGUCCUCACCUCUUCAGGGAUACAACGACGGGCCUUUAACCGACUGUGUCCCCUACCCAUCGAAGAUCAGAACUCCGUUCCUGGGCCGGCAACAUGU